AUGUUGGAUUUAAGUGAAAAAGAUCUGCAAGAGGCGCGAGAGACCUUUGCUCUCUUUGACUUUGUUGGUGACGAUAAAAUCGAAGUGAACUGCGUUGGUGAAGUUGUUCGCGCACUAGGACUCAACCCAACUGAGUCCGAUAUUCGGAAGUUUUGCGGUCAAUAUGAAGCAAACGAUAGGGUCACUUUCGAAAUGUUUGUACCAAUCUACCAGGGUUUGCUGAAAGAGCAAAAGGAUAUAAACCCCAAUGAGUUCAUCGAAGGAUUUCGUGUCUUCGAUAAAGAGUCUAACGGUUAUAUUGGAGCUGCGGAACUACGGCACCUGUUAACUUCCCUUGGGGAGCGGUUACGGGAGGAUGAGGUCGAUCAACUUCUGGCCGGGAUGGAAAAUACCCAAGGUCUGGUCCCCUAUGAGGCUUUCGUCCAACGUAUUCUCAGUUAA